AUGGUACAAGCAGAAGCAAAGCAUCCUGCAAACCCCUCGAAGCUGCAUAGGGCACGGGGCACAGGGCUAGGGCCGAUGCUGCUGUCACGGGAUCGAACAUUGUCUCCAAACAAGAAAUCUUCUUCCCUAUCAUCCAUGUCACCAUCGGAGUCCUGGAGCCCAUCGCAUCGCAUCCCUCCAGCGGCAUCCCAUCUGCAUUCGCUCUCACUGUUAAAGGAAGCCAGCCAGACAGCAGUAAAAAGCCAUAGGCGUCAUCCUUCCCCUGUCACCAUUCACCACCACCACUCAUUCCAUCCCGCCUUAGAAGCGGCAUCGCCUCCCCGCCCCGCUUCAACAAGAUCAGGGUAGAAAACAAAUUUACUAGACACGGAGCCAAUGAGGGUGCAGAGCCGGACAUACUUCUCAGAUUGUCGCCUGCAGGUUGGCAUGAAGAAAUGGGUCUGAACCAUCACCGCUCUUUAUACCGGCUUGCUUGCAAACGGGCUUGGCUUUCCAAUUGCCGCCUCUCCGACCAGGUCCGGAAUAAUGAGGCGAGUUUGCGUUGGAGGGUCAAAUCCAUCGUGAUCGGUGCACUACUAAAGUGAGGCGCCAAGCGCACGCAAGACCGCCGACAGUCAAGCCCCUUUAUUCGUGCGCGGUCUUGGAUAAUGAUCCAGCCACAUUGUCUGCUCCCCCUCCGUUUUGGUUGACUGCUUCCCUGGGUGUAUC